CAUUAAUUAGAUUUUUCUUUUGGACAAGUCCCUUUCAAUUUCAAUAUUAUAAACACCAACGUAAUUACAUUAAUUAAUAUUAGCAAUAAAUAAUCGUACUAUAUUACUAAAAUCUUGCAAUACUUUUCUUUUAUUACAAACAUAAAUAAAAAAAAUAAAAAUUCACCUUUUCUUCUCUCUCUUAUAUAUCCUCCUCCUCCAUCACACCCCUACUUAAAGUCUUAAACACACAGAGAGAGUGAUACAGAGAAAAUUCAGAGAGAGUUAUUUUUAAUUGGUUAACAUUGCUCUAUAUAAAUGAGGGAACUCUAAAUUAAAGACUGAAAACUCAACAACAAUACUUUUCAAUCUCUCACAAAUUACAAAUCUAUCAGUAAAAUAACAUUCAUAUCUUCCCUUGUCGUCCUAUUUGAAUUGCUAAGAAGAGGAAACAAUUACUUCCACCACGACUAUGGAUGCAUGGUUAGCAGAAUUGGAAAUUGAUAUGGGUACAAUUGAUAGUUUAAUCAAUAACCCUUAUGACGAACAAAGUGUAAUGGAUAUGGAAUCAAGUUUUGAGGAACAACUUGCUGCUACAUUUUUCGACACGGCCUCUCCUCAGGGAGAUAUUGAGUGCAAUGUCAUUGAACAAUAUAUAUCAUCCCCUCCUAUUCCCGAUAUCAGUGAAAACCACGACGAUAACAAUGACAAUAUCAAUAACAAAAAUGAUAACGAUAAUAACAUUGUAAGCUCCAAUGUUCAAGAGAGGCAACCGUCUAAAACUAAGCAAAAGACGAAGAAGCAAGCAAUGAGUACGAGUCAUGCCCCAAAGAGGAAACGACAGCCAAGCCAAGUGCAAGAUCACAUUAUCGCCGAGAGGAAGCGCCGUGAAUUGCUUAGCCAGAUGUUCAUUUCACUCUCUGCCAUCUUACCCGGCCUUAAGAAGAUAGAUAAAACAUCGAUCUUAGGAGAGGCAAUCAAACAUCUGAAGGAACUUCAAGAGAAAGUAAAGGUACUUGAAAGUGAGGUUGCAAAGAGGACUGUAGAGUCCGUGGUACUUUUCAAGGGCAUUGCCAAUGAUAAUGUUUCCUCUUCGUCGACUGUGGAGGACUAUGGUGGAAACGGUAGUAGUGGCAGUAGCGAUGAUGAUGGAGGUAAUAAUAAUAGUAGUGACUCAUUUUUGGAAAUUGAAGUAAAAGUAUUGGAGAAGACAAUUCUCUUAAGAGUUUAUUGUGAAAAACGAAAGGAGAUAUUGGCCAAGUUAUUUGCCGAGGUAGACAAGCAUCAUUUGGUCAUUACUAAUUUUAGUGUUAUACCAUUUGAGAACUUAGCCCUAAACAUUACCAUUGUUGCGCAGAUGGAAAGGGGGUUUAACAAGAAUGUAAGAGAGUUUGCUACAACUCUUCGCAAUGCCCUUCAUUAAGCUAGCUACGUACCAACGUUCUUCCAUAUAGAACGUGAAUAAGUAUUCCUCUACUUCGUAUAAUUUAACUUGUUUUUGGAUAUAUUUUAUCCAUAUUUUUUGAAAUAUCUUUGUAGUUUAUUAAUCAUCUGAACUUUACUGAAUAACGGAGAAAUAAGAAGUUUAUGCAGGACAUGCAUACACUUUUCAAUAAGUUAUAUGAAGUAUUUUUAAUAUUAUUGUCAA